GCUAAUAAUAACGUUGUGGUUAUUUACAAUGAUUUUGGAAGUAAUGAAAGACUUAAAGAUGCCAUCAAACAUUAUGACCCGAUAAUUCAUGAAGAUUUUGGAAGUAAUGAAAGACUUAAAGAUGCCAUCAAACAUUAUGACCCGAUAAUUCAUAAAUCAAUCCCACAUAAUUCAGGUAUUUCCAAACAUAGACGCCAAAGUAAAAUCGGCAUACGUGAG